AUGAUCCAAUUAGAAAUCCGACAAGAUACAGGUUUACCGAGAUUUACAGGAGGUGGUUUAAUAGGCGUAUACAAAUUUUUGAAAAUCAUCUUUCAUUGGGGACACACAAAUGAAGUCGGUUCCGAGCACGCUUUCUCCGGUCGUUAUUCUCCUUUAGAAAUGCAGUUGAUCCAUUACAACACUCAAUAUGAACCAGAAGAGGCUGCAACUAAACCGGACGGUUUGGCAGUUUUAUCGGUACUAUUCAGAAUUUCUUCAGUAGAUAAUAUAAAAUUAAGACCUAUUCUCCGCAGCAUGCAUAAAAUUAUCGAAGCAAAUUCUUCGACGGAAAUUCCGAAUUUAUUUUAUCUGAUCAAUCUUCUACCCUCCACUUCUAAGGAUUAUUAUAGAUAUAUGGGAUCUCUGACUUCGCCUCCGUGUCACGAAUCUGUACAUUGGACAGUAUUUAAAGACAGAGUGCCGAUUAGUGAACGUCAGCUGGAAAGAUUUCGACAGUUGAAAAAGAGUUCCGGAUAUAAUUUGGUUAAUAAUUUUCGACCGGUGGAACCAAUAAACGGAAGAAUAGUGAUGUUUUUCAAAGAACCUAAUGAUUACAGGGAUCGGAACGCUUUCGUCAUAACAGAUGAUGACGAUGAUGAUGACGACGACGACAUCGACAUAGACAUCGAUUUGAAAAUCAAGAAUAAAGAUAAACAUAAAAACAAGUACAAAGAUAAAGAUAAAAAGUACAAAGACAAAAGCAAGAAUAAGUAUAAAAAACAUAAAGGAGCCACCACCAUUCCAAUCCCGACCACUUUUCUAAUUUUAACGGCAGUUCUGGUCAGUACAAAUCUCGUUUAAUUUUGUACUUCAUAAUUCUCAGAAUCAUGAAGCGUGCAUUUGUUUGCCAUUGCCUUCAAAUAAUGGUUAAAUGUCAUCGUUUUAUUUAGCAUUUAGCUAAGAGAGAAACUUUGUUACUGAAAUCCGCUUUAAAUUACGAUGGCGUUUAACUAAAUUUAUAUAAUGCGAAAAUAUGAAAAUAAGAAGCCUUUCCCAGUUGGCAAUUUCAUUGUUCUGACAUAAUACCAUUAAUGUGAUUCAAUAGUUUAGAGUAUAUGAAAAAACUAUACUUUUCGAUGUCGUCGUUUAAAUUGUUUAAAAAUUUUAUGCAAAUUUUUAUGAUGUGGAUCCAUUUUCAGAAACUUAAAAUCAUUUUUCAGUCUCAAGUGAUACGAUACUGUAAUUAUAUAGAUUUUCAGUCUAUAUGUAGGACCAUAAAGAUGUAGGUCAACUGGCGUUAAUAGAAAUAUAUAGGAAGUCUUACAAGUGUGUUAAAGGUCAGAUGGAAUAAACUGUACGCUUGUAAGCUUUGCUACGUAAGUAUAAUGAUGCUCACAUUUUGCUAAAUUUAUUUUACCUGAUCUAACAGCGACUUGUUUACAGUAGACCCCCUAUAACACUGUAGAUAAUUCCGUAUUAUAUUAAUCCAUG